GCCUGCCCGGCGCGGUGGUACGUGCCUCAGGGCGCGCGCUGCUCCCGCGCUCCGGGUCUCGAGCGGGCGGGGGCGCCGGUCGGAGUGCGGCGGCGGCUGCGGGCCGGGCUGUGCGGCCGAGCAGUUGGCGUCGCUGCGGGCGCUGGGCGCGGCGGGCCGGGUGACGCGCGGCCGGGCGCCGCCGCGCCGCCGCGACCAUGUCGGAGCCGGCGCCCGAAGUUCCGGAGGAUCUGUUCCGCGAGGUCAAGUACUACGCGGUGGGCGACAUCGACCCGCAGGUUAUUCAGCUUCUUAAAGCCGGGAAAGCCAAGGAAGUCUCCUACAAUGCCCUGGCCUCACACAUCAUUUCAGAGGAUGGGGACAACCCUGAAGUGGGAGAAGCCCGGGAGGUCUUUGACUUGCCUGUAGUAAAGCCUUCCUGGGUGACUCUGUCCGUGCAGUGUGGAGUUCUCCUGCCAGUCAAUGGUUUCUCUCCAGAGUCCUGUCAGAUUUUUUUUGGACUCACUGCCUGCCUUUCUCAGGUGUCGUCUGAGGACAGAAGUGCCCUGUGGGCCUUGAUCACGUUCCACGGGGGCAAUUGCCAGCUGAACCUCAACAAGAAGUGCACACACUUGAUUGUUCCAGAGCCAAAGGGGGAGAAAUACGAGCGUGCUGUCAAGAGAGCAAGUAUUAAGAUUGUCACCCCUGACUGGGUCCUGGACUGCGUGUCUGAGAAGAGCAGGAAGGAUGAAGCCUUUUAUCAUCCGCGUCUGAUCAUCUAUGAGGAGGAAGAGGAGGAGGAGGGAGACAACGAGGAGCAGGACUCUCAGAACGAGGGCAGCACUGAGGAGAAGUCGAGUGCCGCCAGCUCUCCAGAAGCCUCUCCUGUUGACCAACAGUUCUCUCCCAAGCCCAGAGCUGAGGUGCCCAAAGGGGAGUUAAUGUUUGAUGACUCUUCUGAUUCAUCCCCCGAAAAGCAGGAGCGGAGCUUGAACUGGGCCCCUGCUGAAGCCCCACCACUCACCACGGCCCAGCGUAGGCUGCCUCAGGGAAAAGGACCAGGACUUAUUAACCUGUGUGCCAAUGUUCCACCUGUCCCCGGGGACAUCCUGCCUCCUGACAUUCGGGGUAACUUGAUGGCUGCUGGACAAAACCUCCAGGGUUCUGAGCGAUCAGAAAUGCUAGGGACCUGGAGCCCAGCCGUCCGGACGUUGCGAAACAUCACAAACAACGCGGACAUCCAGCAGAUCAGCCGACCCUCCAAUGUUGCACACAUCUUACAGUCCCUUUCAGCACCCACAAAAAACCUAGAGCAGCAGGUGGCGCAUGGCCAACAGGGACACCCCACUGCCAGUGCUGUGCUAUUUGGCCAGUCUAAAGGCGCUCCCGAGUCACACGUGUUGCAGCAACACCAUCCUCCCCAGCAGCCACCGCAGCAGCACCCAGUCCUGCAUCUUCAGCCCCAGAUCAUGCAGCUCCAGCAGCAGCAGCAGCAGCAGCAGCAGCCACAGCCACAGCCACAGCCUUACCCCCAGCCGCCAUCACAUCAGUUCCCUCAGCAAGUCCAUCAGCAUCAGUUUUCUCAGCAGCAGCUCCAGUUUCCACAGCAACCGUUACACCCUCAGCAGCAGCUGCAUCGCCCUCAACAGCAGCUGCAGCCAUUUCAGCAGCAGCAUGCCAUGCAGCAGCAGCUUCAUCAGCUGCAGCAGCAGCAGCUACAGCAACACCAGUUAGCACACCUCCAGCAGCAGCAGCAGCAACAGCAGCAGCAACAACAACAACAGCACAACCUUCUCCAGCAGCAGCAGCAGCUCCAGCGCCUACACCAGCAGCAGCAGCAGCAGAUGCAGAAUCAAGCAGCACACUUGAGCCAAACACCCCAGGCACUACAGCACCAGGUUCCACCCCAGCAGCCCCUGCAGCUGCCCCUGCAGCCCCCACCUCAGCAGCAGCAACAGCAGCAGCAGCUUUUUGGACAUGACCCAGCAGUGGAGAUUCCAGAAGAAGGCUUCUUGCUAGGAUGUGUGUUUGCAAUUGCGGACUAUCCAGAGCAGAUGUCGGAUAAGCAGCUGCUGGCCACCUGGAAAAGGGUAAUCCAGGCUCAUGGUGGCACUGUAGACCCCACGUUCACAAGCCGAUGCACACACCUCCUCUGCGAGAGCCAAGUCAGUAGUAUGUAUGCACAGGCGCUACGGGAGAGGAAGCGGUGUGUCACUGCUCACUGGCUCAACACAGUCCUGAAGAAGAAGAAACUGGUGCCGCCCCAUCGAGCCCUGCAUUUCCCUGUGGCAUUUCCACCCGGGGGCAAACCCUGUUCACAGCAUAUUAUCUCUGUGACUGGAUUUGUUGACAAUGACAGAGAUGACCUGAAGUUAAUGACGUACCUGGCAGGUGCCAAGUACACAGGUUACCUGUGCCGUAGCAACACUGUCCUCAUCUGUAAAGAACCGAGUGGUUUGAAGUACGAGAAGGCCAAAGAGUGGAGGAUCCCAUGUGUGAAUGCACAGUGGCUGGGGGACAUUCUGCUGGGAAACUUCGAGGCCCUGCGGCAAGUGCAGUACAGCCGGUACACCGCCUUCAACCUCCCGGACCCCUUUGCGCCCACUCCACACUUGGUCUUGAGUCUUUUAGAUGCAUGGAGGGUCCCAGUGAAGGUGACUGCAGAGCUCUUGAUGGGUGUAAGAUUGCCCCCUAAGCUGAAGCCAAAUGAGGUUGCCAACAUCCAGCCUUCUUCUAAAAGAGCCAGAAUCGAGGACCUGCCACCUCCCACUAAGAAGCUGAGUCCAGAGCUGACGCCUUAUGUGCUUUUCACCGGGUUUGAGCCUGUUCAAGUUCAGCAGUACAUUAAGAAGCUGUACAUCCUGGGUGGGGAAGUUGCCGAGUCCACAAAGAAGUGUACCCACCUCAUCGCCAGCAAGGUGACACGCACAGUGAAGUUCCUGACGGCCAUCUCUGUGGUGAAGCACAUUGUGACUCCGGAGUGGCUGGAGGAGUGCUUCAAGUGCCAGAAGUUCAUCGAUGAGCAGAACUAUAUCCUGCGAGAUGCUGAGGCGGAAGUGCUCUUCUCCUUCAGUCUGGAAGAGUCCUUAAAGCGAGCCCACGUUUCUCCUCUCUUCAAGACAAAGUAUUUCUACAUCACCCCUGGCAUCUGCCCGAGCCUUGCAACAAUGAAGGCAAUUGUAGAGUGUGCAGGGGGAAAGGUGCUGGCCAAGCAGCCUUCCUUCCGGAAGCUCAUGGAGCACAAGCAGAAUAAGAGUCUGUCAGAGAUCAUUUUAAUAUCCUGUGAGAAUGAUCUGCACUUAUGUCGAGAGUACUUUGCCAGAGGAAUAGAUGUUCAUAAUGCUGAGUUUGUUCUGACGGGAGUGCUCACACAGACACUGGACUACGAAUCAUAUAAAUUUAACUGACAGCCUCUUGUGUGCUGUGAGCCUGGAGCCUGGAGCACAGGGUAGCUGCUGGCAGCGUGCACACCAGGACUCCUUCCCCGCAGAGGGCUUGUUUUCCAGCUCUGCCUUAGGGAGAGACCUCUACCAGGAAGACAGAUGUAAUAACUGACUGCAUCGUGUUAAGAUGUGUGAUCUUAUUCUAGGAAACAUAAAUUAUGUUUUGUAUUAUAUUCCUAAGAGCCCACAUUAAGUCUUCUGAUUAAUUUGCCAGGUUUUUAUGUGUUUUCAGAAAACUGUAUGAAAUUUCAUCUACAAAUAAAAUUAUGUAAAUAAAGA